AUGGAAGGUCUAGAAGAUGAUUUCAUACCGGAUUUUACACAUUUGUCUGUUGCAGGGGAAGUGGCCGAUAGAAAUAGCUUGGUUAGACAGGAGGGGGAUGUCGUGUACAUUUCAGUGGGUAAUCGACUCAACGGAUGGAAUUUAAGAUUUUCGGAAAUUGAGAAGAGUAUACCCACUCUUAAGAAAAGAAUAACCCAUUUCGACUUUUCCGAUGGGGUAUUGGUGAUAGGCUAUGAAAACGGAGCUAUCCAAGUGCAUUCAAGCGAAAUAAUAUCGUUCCGCCCACACUCUAGAAGAGUCACAAAAGUCUCAAAGAUAGGAGACUAUAUUUUGUCUUCUUCGGCAGACGGCAGCAUCAUUUUAUACGACUUAAUUGGAGAGGAAAUUCGAAUAUCGUAUGAAGGAAAUGACAUAUGUGUCGAAAAGUUUUUUUCUGAUUCUUCGGUAGUUAUUGGAAUUUGUUCUGAUAAUGCAUUGAGAAUCUGGAAUCUCGAAGAGAAGCAUGUAAAAAGCGUCCACAUCUUUGGAAAGGCCAUAAAAGACGUGUUUGCCGUCAAUGAAGAGGCCUUAAUAUUUUUCAAGGAUGGAGAAUGUAUUUUCUAUAAUUUAGUAGAGAAGACAUCUCGUCCCUUCAACAAAUUUAAGAAACUAAGGAAUAUCAAAGUGAGAGGGAAUAAGAUGUUCCUUCAGAACAAAAAUAAGUUACACAUAUAUGAAAUAGAUAGCAAAGAUAAGAUUGUACUGAGAGAUCUUGAAGCUGAAAAAAUAAGCGAUAGAUAUACUGAUUUUGAUGUGAUGCCAGAUGGAGGGCUUUUGUUUGCUACUAUUGACAACAGUUGGGAGUGCUUAAAGGAUGGAAAGAUAUACCCAUUUGGAUUUCACAGAAGUGAGAUUCUGGGCCUUGAGACCUGCGAGGACAAGAUUGUCACAAUGUCGAAGGAAAGCAUAAUCUUCUGGGUGAUAGACAAAAAAGAAAUGAAAAGAGUUGGAAACAUACAGAUAAAAAACGGAAAAUGCAUGUGCAUAUGGAAUGGCCAUGUGGUAAUUGGCGGGAGUGAAGGACUUUCUUGCUACUCAGGCUUAAAUUAUCUCCUAGUUAAAGAAGAAAAUAUAGGGCCUAUAUCAUCUGUUUUUGCCACCAGACAAGAACUACUUGUAGGGAAAGAUAACAGCCUUCUGUUCUAUGACAAUAGAUGGGUUGUUUCAAGAACAUUAGAAGUAGAAGACCCCAUAUCGUCGAUAGAAGCUUCUCAAGACGGAUCUCUACUUUGCAUAGGUCUCUUAAAUAGCAAGGUACACAUAUAUGGUAUGAACGAAUUGAAUCUAAGAAUUACCCUUUAUGGACAUGCUCUUCCAGUAAGGUCUAUGAAGCUAUCUCCCGACAAUUCGGAAAUCCUCACAUGCGGUUCAGACAAGACCGUUAAGAUGUGGGGAACACAGUUUGGAGAAUGUAGGAAAAGCUUCAUUGGCGAUUCAAGAAGUAUAGAAUAUUGGAACAAAGAUCUGUUUAUGUUUACAUCAGGUGUUAUUCAGUACUUUAAGAGAUAUGAAAAACUUAAGGAGUUCAAGAACCGCGAAUCAAACUUGGUCAAAAUAAGAAAGGACAUGAUGAUUUCCUGUGGAAAGUUUAAUGUUGAUCUUUAUACCAUGAACAAAUAUGAAUUUCAAAAAGAAGAUGAGGAGGAAAGCAAUGAGGAAGAAGUUAUGAGGGUAGCCAAGAUAAUGAAUUAUAAGAUGUAUGACCGUUUUCUAACCGAAUUGGAAGAGUUAUCAAAGGAUUUCUCCAGUGACAACAUUAAGACGUUUUUUAAUGUUUUAAUGGAUAUAGACUUUUGUGAACUGGACAAGUUUUUAUGUCUAAUGAACUCUUCCGACAUUAUCCAGGUCAUGAAUGUAUUGCAUGAAUGUUGUAAUUGGAAUGCGAUACUGGUUGCAAGGGUAUUCAUUUCUUUGGUUAGACUCCACAAAGAUAUAUGUAUUUCCCAUCCAAAGUUCAAGGUUUUUCUUCAGACGAUUACCGAUAAAACAAAAGAGGUUAGAACUCAAGUUAGCAGAAACCAGGGACUUCUUCUCACGAGGAAAAGUAUAAACAAAGAACAAAGCUUUAGCGUGGAAUAA